CCGUUUGUAUCUCUGUAUCGACUGCUAUAGCCAUUCAUUUACCCAGCAACGACAUCUAUCUUUACUCGAAACCCCGGAUUGUCCCCUACUACCCCUGGCAUUUGCCCGAGUUCAAUCAGGUGGUUGCUGAGCUGGCCAUCCUACAGGAAGAGGCGGGACGUAUGCGACUGAAUGGCUGUAAGAACCGAUGAUAAUGGAUUCGCUAUGAUGGAUGAGGAUAUUAGAGCCGGAAACCUAGGUGCCGGCAACGGCCAGGGCACACCGUUCCUUUCGAGGACGAGGAGCCUGUCGGAUGGCGAUGGAUCCCAAUUGUCGCCAUCGCCCUACAUCAUCGAUACCUCGAGGCGGACAUCCAAAGAUGACAGUGCGUUGGUGAAAGAUAGGAAUGAGGAACCUAUUGCACCGGUGACCCCUCGCCGCCCGGAGUUUCCUAUGCACGGUCUCUCACUUCACAUGCCACCAAGAGAGACCAACACAUUGGCCCAGUCACCGUUGAAACCAAUUCCUUUGUCGCCAAAGCUCGACCAUUCUCAGAUCUACGCCUCCCCCACCAACAUUCUUCCCCGGCGAUCGCGGGGUCUGGACUUUUCUCGCGCUGCCACAAGUUUGCAUCACUCUAUGCUGGCCGAGCAGGCAUCGCCAGAUUCAUCGCCCAUUAUAGGGGGUCGUGGGAUGAAUAUCCCUCGGCGAAGUAAUGGCGAAUUCGACACAGAGCAGCCAUCGACGUCGUUGCGGUCAAUGAUGAGCAAUCAUGAGCGCAUGCAUAUUUCUAGCUCCGUAGGCAGCACCAAUCCAAUUGUAUCAGAUUCGUCUUCUAGCAGUGAAGAAGAUGACUGUAUGGACGAUGAGAUGGAAGACGCUAUUCUCAACACACCCCAGGUUGCCAAGAGUGGUUCACAAAACCAGAAUUUUCAUCCUGUUCCCUGGAUUCCUGGUGGGUCCCCUGCAGUCAACACCCCAUCAAGUUUUCGGAUUCGACCCCGAAAACUACCCAAGAAGAAGCCGCGAGGUUUUGCAGCCCUCGGUUUCAAUGCGGCAUCGCCUGCAGCCCUGUCUAGAUCACCUCCUAGUAAUAACCUGAUGAAGGAAAUGAGGGAUAUUCCUAUGGUCCAUCCACGGCGAGAAAGCAUCAGCUGGGCAGCCAACCAGUUGCACAUAUCAGGAAGUGAAAAUGAAGAAAGAGCUAUAGAACCUGGAGAUCAUUCACCUAUCACGCCUGGGAGAGAUGGCGUAAGAGGUGUUGUUAAGAGAGUCGUAACGCGGAGAGGUAAUCUUCUGCCAAAAACCAAAGGCUUCGCACGCAUCCGUGCCGCCCUCGCGGAAGAAACCGCUCCAAUCGAUUCUGAGGUCCGUCGAGAAGCGGAGGUAAUUCGCCAAGUACGAGAAAGUGACAUGGACCUCGAACCUCGGAUACCUUCAGGGAUACAAAAUCUCCCUUUAGAGUCUCCUAACAUACCUACAGCGCAGUCGUCGCCCAAGUUUGGGAAUACGCAAGAGCCGUUUGAUGAGAUACCAGAUGAUGACCUAAUGUCCGACUCAGCACUAUCUAGCAGUUUCAAACAGCAGGCCAUGAAGAAUUCCAAAGGCCAGAAAUUCUGGGACACGUUUUCAGAGACGGGCAGCAUCAACGGAACGAGAGUAACGCCGCCGCCCCCUGUGCUCUUACCGAGGGGUUCUUCUUCUGGCAUCAGUGAAGAUAUUAAUAUGGAUUCACCGUCCAUGUCAGCAGGAUCUGGAAACACCGGUUUAUUCGGACCAGGUACAGGCUUCGUUAGUCAUGGCAGCGAUAGUCAGAAGUCCGGCACGCCACAGCCAACCGCCUCAGCAACGCCGUCGCAGACGGGCAGUGUCCCACCAACCGCUGCGGAGAUCACGCGACGAAUCAACAGUAAACGUCGGAGAGAGGAUGACUUCGACCCCCAUAUAUUCAAAAGAAGGGCUGUCUCUCCCGGCAUGAGUGUACAUAACUCGCCAAUCAUGCAGAGCCCGUUGCAGCGAGAUAACAUGCCCUGGGGCUCACGGCCGGGGAGCAACCACGGUGGUGACAAGGCUUCUGGUACGCCUAGCGAGAACGGAAGCUCGGGUGGCAGCAACAACAACAACGGAGGCCGACCUAUUACUGGAGCAAAGGGACGCGUGGGUUUCCAGGGCAUGAGUGACACCAACGAUGGUUUGAUGCGGAUGUCAAUCGAAUAGGGCUCUGCAAUAUGGUUAUUUUGAAACUAGCUGACCACAGGCGUCUUGAUCGAAGCUAUUCAACAGCUGCUACGAAACAAAAAACUGGCAGUUUCCCUUAUUAUUACUGUUAUGGGCUUCUGAUAUGUACCAUAGAUAGGCGCUAUAUCACAUUCAACGACUUACGACCAAUUAUAAAACGGCAUUGAUUUAAGGAAG